GUCACCUUCCUUCGGCGCUCUGGCUCUGCUGGUUUCGGCUCCUCUGAGCUUCUGCUGCCGCUGCUUAGAGUUUCGCUCGGAACCAGAGCUCUUUCUGCCUCUUACUGGUCGUGACUGUGGUCCUUUUUUUAAACACAAUUCUCUGAAAUUAUUCGUAAAAAGGGGGGAGAGAGUUUGACCCACGUUUUGGAUGCAUGGGAGCUUCCUGGGAGCGGCGAAAGGAGAAGAUUGUGCUGCUGGUCCUCACUGCUCGGCACGAUGAGUGAGACGGAGGGUCAGUUCUACAGUGUCCAGGUGGGGGACUCCACCUUCACUGUGCUCAAACGCUACCAGCAGCUCCGUGCCGUUGGCUCCGGGGCCCAAGGCAUUGUCUGCUCUGCCCUGGAUACGGUCCUUGGUAUACCAGUGGCUGUGAAGAAGCUCUGUCGGCCCUUUCAGAACCAGACCCAUGCAAAGCGAGCCUACAGGGAGCUGGUGUUGCUCAAAUGUGUCAACCACAAAAAUAUCAUCCGUCUGAUCAAUGUUUUCACGCCUCAGAAGUCUCUGGAGGAGUUCCAGGAUCUCUAUCUAGUGAUGGAGCUCAUGGAUGCCAGUUUAUGUCAGGUGAUCCACAUGGACCUAGACCAUGAGAGGAUGUCCUACCUGCUCUAUCAGAUCCUUUGUGGCAUCAGGCACCUGCACUCAGCUGGGAUCAUCCACAGGGAUCUGAAGCCCAGCAACAUUGUGGUGAAGUCUGAUUGCACUCUGAAAAUCCUUGACUUUGGUCUGGCGAGGACGGCUUGCACAAACUUUAUGAUGACCCCCUAUGUAGUUACCAGAUAUUACCGCGCCCCGGAGGUAAUUCUGGGCAUGAAGUAUAAGGAGAACGUGGACAUCUGGUCAGUGGGGUGCAUCAUGGGAGAGAUGGUAAAGGGCAGCGUCAUCUUCCAAGGCACUGAUCACAUUGACCAGUGGAAUAAAGUGAUUGAGAUUCUGGGUACGCCAAGUCUAGAGUUUAUGAACCGACUCAUGGAGACCGUCAGGAACUAUGUGAUGAACAAGCCGCAGUAUCCAGGCGUCAGCUUCACAGACCUGUUUCCAGAUUGGGCUUUUCCGUCUGAGUCUGAGCAAGACAAAGUGAAAACUGCUCAGGCACGAGACCUGCUCUCCAAAAUGCUGGUCAUUGAUCCUGAAUGUCGUAUAUCUGUCGAAGAAGCCCUUCACCACCCCUACAUCCAUGUGUGGUACGACCCUGCAGAGGCCGACGCGCCUCCGCCCCAGAUCUCAGAUAAACAGCUGGAAGAGAGGGAGCAUUCCAUCGAGCAGUGGAAAGAACUUAUUUAUGAAGAAGUAAUUGACUGGGAGGAGAGGAACAAGAACGGUCUAAUGAAAGAAGACUGCUCAGAUGUGCCGUUGGGUUCCGCUUCCCAGUCCUCCUCCGCCAAUGACAUCUCAUCCAUGUCCACAGAGCACACGCUGGCGUCAGACACGGACAGCAGCAGCAUCGACACGCUGACGGGGCCCCUCGAUGAGGCCCAGUGAAUCUGUGGCCCCGCAGGCGUCUGACUCAUCAAAAAAAUAUUCAAAAUAUCGAUCUUCUGUUUAGGUUUUAUCCGUCUUGCUUGUGUUUCUCUUCUAAUGAAAAUAUAUUUUUUUUGUUUGUUUACCAUUUGUGAUCUGGAGGAUCAUGUUUGGGACUGUUGCCUUGAGGUCAAAAAAAAAAAAAGAGAGAGAGAACUCUGUUUUCUUUUUCUCUGUGAAUGUUAAACCUGAUCAUCUAUACGGUUUGUGGGGUGGGUGGGGAAUUAGAGGUUUGCAUCGUAUGCCUUUGUUUUAGUAGUUUUUAUUUUUUGAAAAUAUCAAAAGUUUUUGUCAUCAAAUGAGAGCAGACAGACGGAACAGUUGUUUGCCGCUCUCUGUUGCAUGCAACGCCAAAAAGAACAAAAAGCUGAUCGGCCACCUUAAGUUCCUCUAAUGGUCCAUGGCGGAUUUUAUGAAUUUGAACCUUUAGCACCCUGAUGGUAUUGCAGAUGUUCACAGUGGUGCUAGCUGUGCUGAAAUGUGUCGUGUUUUUCAUGAGCCAUCACGUGUGUGUGGAUUUCCGGCGUUUUACUCCUGACAGCAGGAAGAUGCUGUAGUUUCAGUGUUAGUUUUGUUUCUAGCUAUAUCGUACUGUAUGUAGACACAGGAUCAGCCCGUAUCAUUUGAGGUACUGACAGUUCAUUUCUUUAAGCAGAUCAUCAUCCUAUAAAUCUAAAAGAGGCAUAGUGAUUCAUGUAUUUAUAAAUAUAUAUAUAUUCUUUUUUUUUCUUGCAAAAGUUUGCACACAAGCCACUAUAUGGUAUGUAGGCCUCUUGUUAGAAGCAUCUUAAAGUAAAAGCAUGGGCUGCUGUUUUUCUAAAGCAUUCCUUUAGCAUUGGGAGAGGUGAAAAAUUAGUGAUAAUCAGAUUAUACGUGGAAAGGCAGCACAAAACGAAGAGAUGUUUACUUUGCAUGAUGAUCAGACACCUUCAGGAUGCUGUGAGUCUAAUAGAAUCCAUCCAGAUCUGUUUAUUUUGUUUAUACCCUAGCGUUAUCUUUAUGCUAAUGAUGGAGCAUUGUUUGUUUUAUUUUUGUUUUUUUCCUUUAAGACUGUAUGUGAUAUAAAAAGUGUGCAGUGCAGCACUGCUUUUAUUUCCUAUAGAUUAAUUCUUAUAGUCUGAAUUUUCCUCAUGUUGUCGUGGAAGAGUCUGUUAGGGAAGUUUGCCCAGGAACAAGGGGAUAAAAGAUCAUUUUACAUGAGCUGCAGAGCUGCUUUUUGCUUAAAUGAUUGCACCGUUUGUUGAAGAAUCGGUUUUAUGACACUAUGGAGUCACUUAAGCACCACAUUGUUCACCAUCAUGAUUUUUAUUCUUUCUGUCAUGCCUUAUCCUGACGAGCGGCCAACUUAUUCUCUAAAUCCUUAGUUCUCUAUUUGAGCUUUUCCGAGAUGUAUGACUGCAAUGACAAUGUUAGCACUUGGCCAACAUCUUUACCCAAACUCCAAAUAAUAAAGUGGACAUCAGUGAUC